ACUCGUCCUUGCCUGUUAAUCACGACAAGGAUGGGAAUCUCAACACAGCGAGCGAUCCACCUUCUCCUGCUGUUCUGUACCAUUGCUCGGGCAGAGGCGGCGGCGGGCAUUAAUACGACGUUACCAGGCCCAGGUUGCUCGCAGUCGUGCGGCCAACUUGCUCUCUCCUUUCCCUUCGGCAUCGAGCCCGGUUGCUACAAAAACGGCUUCGCCAUCUCCUGCGACCGCUCCGAUCCAUCCUCCCCAAAAGCUUUCCUUGGCUCAGCUGAUUCCAUGAUCCAAGUAACCCACAUCUCAGCGGAGCAGAGCCAAGCUCGAGUCCUCGUCCCGAUAACGUGGGAGUGCUACAAUCGAUCGGACUACGUCGUCGGCUCCCAGUAUCCAUACAUUGAUUUCAACAUCGACGGAGCUGGAGUCUUCCGAAUGGCCACCAGCCGAAACAAGCUCACUGUCAUCGGAUGCAACUCCGCAGGACAUAUCCAAAGCCAGGCCGAUGUGAACGGAUCCUAUUCCUAUCGAUACUACACCGGCUGCGUUACGUACUGCAGGGACGCCGGCAGCGUCGUCGACGGCGUCUGCGCAGGCAUAGGGUGUUGCCAGGUCAGCUUCCCGUCCAACCUCAGCGACAGCAGCUUCCGGUUCAGCGGUUACAGUCAUAGCGGGGACAUGGCGGACUUCAGCCCCUGCAGCUACGUCUUCAUCGUCGAUAAGGACUACUUCAACUUCACCUCGGCGGACUUGAAAAUGAACACCACCAACGCGUCGAUGCCGAUGUGGCUAGAUUGGGCCUUUCGGGACGCCGCGACGUGCGAGGAGGCCAAGAACUCCUCUUCCAAUUAUGUGGAGAAUACGUGUCGAAGCCAGAACAGCAUGUGCGUCGAUUCCAACAACGGUGCCGGGUACCUCUGCAAUUGCUCGCAGGGCUACCAGGGCAACCCUUACCUCGAUGAUGGAUGCCUAGAUAUCGACGAGUGUUUGUCUCCGGAGAAGUAUCCGUGCCAUGGUGCGUGCACUAAUCUUGAAGGGAGCUAUCGUUGUGAAUGCCCUUCCGGUAAGCAUGGCGAUCCAUUUAUUGCACCGUGCACCUCCAGACUUCCCAUGAUAGGGCGGUUGUUCUUAGGCAUCGCCUCCUGCUUAUUCAUUGCGAUCUGUUUCAUUCUGAUAUGUUUAUUUGGGCAAAAGAAGCGAUAUGAUGCCAUUAGGAGAAGUAAAAGCAUGAUUAAUAAAGAUGUUCUGCAACUGCGCGAGGAGAAGAGGAGGUUUGAAGUUGAGAACAGGGAUUUGAUAUAUUACAGAGAUAUAGUAUUAAAAUACGCGAGUACGAUGACACUUUUUACUCUGCGAGAUCUGCAUGGGGCAACCAACGGCUUCCAUACCGACCAUGUAAUUGGGCGUGGAGGAUACGGCGUGGUAUUUAAAGGACUAUUGGAGGCAGGCCAAAGAAAAGUGGCCAUAAAGAGGACUCUGAUUUCCACCGAGAGGCAGAGCGACAAGGACAAGAAUGGUUUCUUGAACGAAAUUUACCUUCUUUCGCAGAUUAAUCACAAGAAUGUGGUCAGACUCUAUGGCUAUUGCUUCGAGAAGCAUACUCCUCUGCUGGUCUACGAGUUUGUUCCUAAUGGGUCUCUCUUCGACUUGCUCCAUACGGAAGAAGAGAUCAUCUCCUUGGAGGAUCGCCUGAAAAUAGCAGAGGAAUCAGCCGAAGCAUUAGCUCAUUUGCAUUCAUUCGAACCGCACCCAAUCGUUCAUGGGGACGUGAAGCCGCACAACAUACUGUUGGACCAUGAUUUGACCGCCAAAGUAUCCGAUUUUGGCAUAUCAAAGCUGUUGUCAGCGAAUGAAACGGAAGCUCUGACGACUGCGGAAGGAACUGCUGCCUACGCGGAUCCUGUUCUCGUAAAAGAAGGGUUUCUCUCCACCAAAAAUGAUGUGUACAGCUUUGGGAUUGUUCUCUUGGAACUAGUCACGAGGAAGCAGCCAGCAGUCGGACUAGCAUCGAUGAGCAAGGAAAAAGUCACAGCUAUCUUGGAUAAAGAAAUUGUGAAUGAAGUGAACAUCGAUUUGCUUCGAGUUGUUGUUGACCUUGCAGCUCGAUGCCUGAGUCCCGAAAAAGAAGAUAGACCGACGAUGGAGCAAGUAGCAGCAGAGCUGAAAGUAUAUAAAGAAACUUAUUACGGCCAAUGGAGCAAAGAGAACAGGAUGAGUUCGUUGAUCAAAGCAGCAGCUUGCUAAAUGGCCAUCGAUCUUUUCAUCGUGAUUCUGUAGCUCGCCAUCAAAGCAAAUGGUCGAAAUUAAGAUCGUCGAAGACAACUUAACAAGUCCUUUGGUUGGCCAUGAAUUUGUCAAUUGCUGCAACGAGUCUUUACUUGUAGUUAUUCUUUUUGCAUGUGUUUGUAUCUUGUAGUUUUGAGAUAAGAUGUCGAAUUUCCUAAUAAAGUUCAAAAUUUCUG